UCAAAUUAUGCCAAUCUGAAAGCGCAAAAAAGAUCAGGGCCCAAUCCCUUUGGCGUAUAUCUCUGUCCAUCGCGCUUGAUCAUCAUCGUCAUCAUCACUUGCUCUGAAACUUGUUCAAGGGUUUUACAGUGUUCCUCUGAAGAAAGCUUGAUCGGGAGCUUCGUUUUGGUUGUGGUGAAUUGGGUGUUCAAAACCUUUGCGUAUGGAGAUUUUCUUGGACGAGAUGGGUUUUAGGGCAGCUUUUAGGGGGAUCAAAGGUUUGAAUUGUGCAUAAAGGGUUUUUAUUCUGCAUAUUCUUUUGCAAGUAUGGGUUGCGUGAGUUCUAAGCAGAGAAAGAGGCCGCCGUCGCAGAAAGGGCAAUCGGAGAAGCGUCCUUCAAGGAUCAAUUCAUCGAGAAGGAUUGAUGAUUUGAGCCAAACGAGGGCGGGAAUCGACAGAUCAGAUAGCAGAGGUACCAAAGUUAGGUCGAUCGGAUCGGAAAAGUUCAGUUCAUGUAGGUUUUCUGAUAAUCAAAUCGAGAAAAAACCAGAGAUCCAUGGAGCAGGCGAGACCAAUCAAGCGGUUCCUAAGGAUUUGAUGAAGGUCUCGAGCAUUAUUGUUCAACAGGGUUCCGAGACAGUUCCAGAGAUUCCUGAAGCAGGUGAUUCAGAUCAAACGGUUCCUAAGGAUUCGAGCAAGGCAACGAGCCUUGCCGUUCCUUCAGGCUUCGUGAAUGUUACAAAGGACGCAGAACCGAAGCAAGUGGCUGGAGGGUGGCCGACAUGGCUGGUCUCUGUGGCCGGAGAGGCACUUGUUGGAUGGGUUCCACGCCGAGCCAGCACCUUCGAGAAACUGGAGAAAAUUGGACAAGGAACAUACAGUAGUGUAUACAGGGCUAGAGAUCUUCUUCAUAACAAGAUUGUUGCACUGAAAAAAGUUCGGUUUGAUCUCAAUGAUCUAGAGAGUGUCAAGUUUAUGGCAAGAGAGAUCAUAAUCUUGCGCAAGCUUGAUCAUCCGAACGUGAUCAAAUUGGAGGGCUUGAUCACUGCCCCGUCUUCCUCAAGCCUUUACCUGGUUUUCGAGUAUAUGGAACACGACCUUGUAGGGCUUGCUUCUCUACCCGGUGUCAAGUUUUCAGAGCCUCAGGUUAAAUGUUACAUGCAACAACUUCUAAGUGGGCUUGAUCAUUGUCACAGUCGCGGUGUUCUUCAUCGUGAUAUAAAGGGCUCAAACCUACUGAUUGACAGUAACGGGAUCUUGAAGAUAGCAGAUUUCGGGCUGGCAACAUUUUUCAAUCCCGAGAACAACAUUCCUUUGACUACCCGUGUUGUAACUCUUUGGUAUCGACCCCCGGAACUUUUACUUGGAGCCGUUCAUUAUGGCAUCGGGGUCGAUCUCUGGAGCACGGGUUGUAUAUUCGGUGAAUUAUAUGCUGGGAAACCGAUUCUACCCGGAAAGACUGAGGUAGAGCAACUUCAUAAGAUAUUCAAGCUAUGUGGUUCACCAAAGGAAGAUUACUGGAGAAAACUGAAGCUACCACCUUCAACUGCUUUCAAACCCGCACUUCCAUAUGGAAGGCGCAUUACUGAAAUGUAUAAGGAUUUCCCUGCAACUGUUCUUUCGCUUCUGGAUACCUUACUCUCCAUAGAUCCUGAUCGGCGUGGCUCUGCAGCUACUGCUCUUGAGAGUGAGUACUUCAAAACCGAGCCAUUUGCUUGUGAUCCAUCUAGCCUCCCGAAGUACCCUCCCAGCAAAGAGAUUGAUGCUAAAAUCCGCGAUGAAGCAAGAAAGCAGCGUCCAACUCGGGAGAAAAACGAAAGACAAGAUUCUCAGACGAGACGAUCGAAAGAAACUAAAGCUGCUCCACCAGUUAAAGCUAUUCCAUCUCUUACAACGACGAUACAGAAGCAUUAUCCAGAACCGAAGAGCAGGAAUGACAUUUUCAACUCAUUUAAGGAGGCCAAGGCUUCACGCUACCCGGAUUAUUCAGACAAACAAAGGCAGGACGCAAAGGACAUGACAGUGAACGGUGGUAACACGGAAGGAAGAGUGUUCUACUCUGGUCCUUUGAUGAACAACAGGAAUUUCGGCCGGUCAAUGUACGUGAAAGAACACGCUUUAGCAUCCACAAGGCCGGACGGCGGUAACGAAGGUGGACAAGAACGACCCAUCGUAAACCAACAAAGAGGUGAUCGGAAACCAUACUACAGAUCCGAUUCGAUGGAGAAACAAAUAAAAUCGCAAAACGAGUACGAUACUAACGACUACAAGAUGUACAUGUCUGGUCCAUUGUUGGCUCAGCCAAACAAAGUGGAUCAGAUGCUGGAAGAGCAUGACCGUCAGCUCCAGGAAUUCGCCAGGCUGUCACGUAAAACGCUGCAUGGCAAAACCGGCUUAUAAAUGAACCGUGACUCUGUAAUCUCUCCCUCUGCUUUCUUGAUUGGAAUGAGUCCAGGAGGAAUCUGAUUGAUGAUUCACUGGACUCAGAGAGAUACUCUGCAAUAUAUAUACACAUAUACAAAUGUUGCAUUUAGAUAGUGUGAUAAUGGAGUUUGGUCUUUCUGUAAAUACAGAUUUCUUUCCUUUACACAAGAUGAAGAUAUAUAUAUAUACACACACAGGCGCAAGGUCAGCUGAGUUUUGUUUCAGUACAUGGGCAAGAUUGUUUGUAUUCCCCAAGAGUCAACCAUGAUGACCUCUUGAAGCUUGACAACUUAAUCGAGUUGUGUGUGUAUAUAUACAUCUGUGUCUCUCCCUUACAAUUUGUACUAGGUUUUGAUUUGGUCGAUUUAAUAAAAAUAAACGCAUUUAUUUU